AUGGCCGAGUCCCAAACCCCAGAUGCGCCCGCGACGAAGCCAGUCCAGUCCAUCGAAGUCGAGCCUUCUGUCAAGGAAGAGGAUGCGGCCGACGACAAAUCCGACAAUGAGGGCGACGGUGCUGAAGAAGCUGAGGACGCAGCUGGAGAUGGACAAGAGGAGCCUCCCGUCUCUCUUGAACAGUACAGGGCCCUGAAAAACAUUACCGAUAUCUUGUCAAACUACAAGAUCAAAAUCAAGGAUGAGGACUACUACCCCUCCCAGCUUUUCCGACGCAAGCCCAAUAGACGGGUCCUACCCGAUUACCACGAAAUCAUCAAGGACCCUGUGGCUAUCAGUACUCUUAAGCAGAAGAUACAGAGAAAGCAAUACACAGGCAUUCCGGAGUUUGUACGCGAUUUCGCCCUGAUUGUCCACAACGCCCAGGUAUACAACAGACCGAAUUCGGCUCCUGUUCGCGACGUGCUUCUGCUGCAGACAGUCUUCAAGGAGGAACUCAAGAAGCUGGUUGAUGAAGGCUUGAUCCAAGAAGAGGAAACAGUCUUCCCAGACCUCGGAGAGAUACCCGAUGCAACCCCCGAGCCGACCCCAGUGUCUGAUGACGAUGAAGACAAUGAGGACGAGGAGGAUGACGAGGACGAGGACGAUUCUGAAGAUGAUCGCAGGAAGAGAAGACGGAAAGGCGGCCGGCCGAGCAUCUCAGGACGGAAGGGUCGCGAUGAAGAUGAUGACAGACGCGACGAUGCUGAUCUUCGAAAACGACGAGGACGACCUCCCAAGGUGGACACGCCUAUGGAAGCUCGGAUCAAAGCCAUUCUCAAAGGGCUCCGCAAGCCGAAAGACAACGAGGGUAACUUGAAAGUCCGUCACUUUGAGCGACUACCCGAUAAGAUGGAGUACCCGGCCUAUUUUGUUGAGAUCAAAGACCCGAUCGCCCUCGACACCAUCAAGAAGAAGGCCAAAAGAAAGAAGUACCAGUCACUUGAGCAUUUCAUGAAGGAUCUUGAUCUGCUGUUUAACAAUGCAAAGCAAUUCAACGAAGAUGGGAGUGAAAUCUAUCAGGAUGCGGUAGACCUCCACGCAGAAGCACAGAAACUGGCUGAAAUCGAAAAGGCCAAACCUGACGAUGAAUACCUCAUGGAAGACGGUAGAAGACCCUUGCCGGCUGGUAUCUUUUACAAAAACGAACUUUGGAAGGUCGGUGAUUGGGUCCACAUCCAAAACCAGAAUGACGUGACCAAGCCGAUUGUUGCUCAGAUUUACCGAACUUGGGAAGAUUCUGAUGGUCAGAAGUGGAUAAACGCGUGUUGGUACUACCGUCCAGAACAAACAGUACAUCAGUACGAGAAACACUUUUGGCCGAACGAGGUUGUCAAGACAGGCCAAUAUCGAGACCAUCGGAUCGAGGAAGUGAUUGAUCGUUGUUUUGUCAUGUUCUUCACCAGGUACACUCGUGGAAGACCUCGAAACGUCGAUCCUACGAAGGAGGUCUAUGUCUGCGAAGCGCGGUACAACGAAGAGAAGCACAGAUUCAACAAAAUCAAGACAUGGGCCAGUUGUUUACCUGAUGAAGUGCGAGACAAGGACUACGAGAUGGACUUGUUUGAGGUGCCUCGAAAGAUCAAGAAGAUACCCAGCCCACUCAAGCACCUGUUAAAGGACAACAUGAAAGAGACGGACGAGAUACCCUCUCCUCAAUGGGGCCAUCCCAAUGCACCGCCCAUCGUGGGCGGAAUCCAUAAACAUGCCCGCGACGAGAAUCAAUCUCCGCCUCCAGAACCAACACCUCCGCCUCCCCCUACGCCUCCACCGCCGGUCGUGAGACAAGCUUCAUUAAGCACUAUUGCCAACAUGGUACCACGUCCCAUAAGUAAUGGCGCAGGGGGCCACGUUCCGCCAACUCUGCAACCUCAGCUGACACGUCCAUCCCCUUCGUUGACUCCCAACUCAUUCCAACACCAGUCCAUCUCACCUGCUCCUCAAUACGGCCGACAGACCUCCUAUCAACAGUCACAAGCCCAUCCUCAUGCAGCCAUUGCACCCCAAACUCCGGUCCCUCCGCAAUCGCAUCAUCCUUACAACCCACUCCCCCAAAUUCACCCGCAGCCGACGUUGACUCCCGCCCACCCUACCAACUACACAUCUACCACUCCUGCCCAGGGGAUGUACAAUCGCCCACCUCAAAUGCAACCGGUCGGCGCCGCCGCCACUCCUGCUCAACCAUAUGCACCCUUUGCCUCGACGGCCGCAACUACUUACCCCGAUCAACGGGUCGCCGAAGUCUUUGUGCUGUCGGACACGGCCAACGAAUUGAUCCCAAAACACAUACGCGACCAAUUUCCACAAGACGACCAAGGGCGUGUCCUGUUCUUCACGAGACCGCCUGUCCUGCAUGACAUGACCGUCAGAGGAAGUGAUGGGGAGCCGUUGCGGCAUACAGAGAAAUACCUCAUAGCCAAGAAAGAGAAGGAACGGUUGAGAGAGGAGAGGAAACGGGCAAGAGCGGAAGCCGAAAAGGCGGAGAAAGACACGAUAAAACGCGCCCGGAUAGCUGUUUGA